CUUGUUUCGGUCACGUGACGUGAGCUUACGAAGAUGGUGGAAGUUUCUUCUUCCUUGAAGUGAAGCCCGGACUGAAACCUAAACAUCUUCCAGACAGAAGGCUAGGAAUUCACCGCAGCGUCACUAGUUUGGUUUUACAGCAUUUAUUCGGAUUUGUGCCCAGCCCUAUGUCAUGGCCAGUGGAGUCACCAAGUUGGGCAGCUCCAACGGUUACCCUAUGAAGGCACAGCUACAAAUCAUUGUGUUAUCAGCAAAACUAAAAGAGAACAAGAAAAACUGGUUUGGUCCCAGUCCUUAUGUGGAAGUGACCGUCGACGGCCAGUCCAAGAAAACAGAGAAAUGCAACAACACCCACAGUCCCAAAUGGAAGCAGCCACUCACUGUGAUUGUGACUCCAUUCAGCAAAUUGGUGUUUCGUGUGUGGAGCCACCAGACCCUCAAGUCAGACGUGUUGCUAGGCAUGGCCACACUGGAUGUCAGUGAUACUCUCAAGUCUAAUGACAUGAAAAUCUCUGAGGUGGUGCAGACCCUACAGCUGUGUACAGACAGAGACCAGUCAGAUGUGGUGGGAGACCUGUCGGUCUGCCUAGACGGCAUGACUGUCGAGCCCGAAAUGUUUGCCGCAGCCGAGGCUGACCAUCACAUUACAUCAAAUGGGGAUUCACAACCAAAUGGGGAUCAUGCCAUAAGCCGGAGUCGAGACAGCUCUCCAGCGGUGGACGGUGUAGAGCACAGGUCUUCUCCCAGUGUUCAGAGGUCAGCGAACAGCACAGGGUCUCCCUCAGUGUCAGGGGGUUCAAGGCCUGUCCGACCACCCAGGCCCUCAAGACCUCCUCCUCCAACCCCCCGCAGACCCACCUCUUCACCAGCAUCUUCCAGCAACAGCUCUGCACCAGCUGAUGGCAGUAACAGUCAGUCAGGUUCUGAUACACCAGUGCGAACACCGGCCUCAGGGCCUUCAUCAGCCCCAGACUCAAGUCCUUCGACAGGCUCAGACAGGAACUCCGCAUCGGCCUCCAGCUCUGGUGCUGCAGCAACCAGACAGCCAACCAGCAGCAUCACCCCAUCUCUCCCUCCCAGGGUCCCCACUGUCAACGCUGGACCGUUGCCCCCAGGGUGGGAGCAGAGAGUGGAUCAGAAUGGCAGGUUGUAUUUUGUCGAUCACGUGGAAAAGAGAACAACGUGGGAACGCCCUGAACCCCUGCCCCCUGGCUGGGAGCGUCGUGUCGACCAGAUGGGGCGGGUCUACUUUGUUGAUCACAUCACUCGAACCACCACAUGGCAGCGCCCCACAGUGGAGACAGUGCGUAACUAUGAGCAGUGGCAGCACCAACGCAGCCAGCUACAGGGCGCCAUGCAGCAGUUCAAUCAGAGGUUUAUUUUCGGGCUACAAGAUCAGGUUUCAGCCACUCAGAAUAAGGAAUUUGAUCCUCUUGGGCCUCUGCCACAUGGAUGGGAGAAGAGAACAGACACGAAUGGGAGAGUUUAUUUUGUACAUCACCCAACGCGGGCAACACAGUGGGAAGACCCACGAACACAGGGGUUGAUGAAUGAUAAGCCACUUCCAGAGGGUUGGGAGAUGAGGUUCACUGUAGAUGGUAUUCCCUACUUUGUAGACCACAACAGGAGAACGACCACCUACAUUGACCCUCGCACUGGAAAAUCUUCACUUGAAAAUGGACCACAGAUCACCUACGUUCGAGAUUUCAAAGCCAAAGUACAGUACUUCAGAUUCUGGUGCCAGCAACUGUCAAUGCCUCAACACAUCAAGAUCACAGUAUCCAGAAAAACCCUGUUUGAGGACUCUUUCCAGCAGAUUAUGAGCUUCAACGCUCAAGAUCUGCGCAGGAGAUUAUGGAUCAUCUUCCCUGGAGAAGAAGGCCUUGACUAUGGAGGUGUCGCCAGGGAGUGGUUCUUCCUGUUGUCCCAUGAGGUUUUAAACCCCAUGUACUGCCUGUUUGAAUAUGCCGGUAAAGAUAACUACUGCCUCCAGAUCAACCCUGCCUCCUAUAUCAACCCUGACCACCUCAAGUAUUUCAAGUUCAUAGGACGCUUCAUUGCCAUGGCUCUUUUCCAUAGCAAGUUCAUCGACACUGGUUUCUCACUGCCAUUUUACAAGCGCAUCCUGAACAAGCCGUUGGCCCUCAAAGAUCUGGAGUCCAUAGACCCAGAGUUCUACAACUCCCUCAUGUGGAUCAAGGAUAACAACAUCGAGGAGUGUGGGCUGGAGAUGUUCUUCUCUGUUGACAAAGAGAUUCUGGGGGAAAUCUCUACCCAUGAACUGAAACCAGGAGGAGGAGACAUCCAAGUCACUGAGGAGAACAAGGAGGAGUACAUCAGGCUGGUAGCAGAGUGGAGGCUGUCCAGAGGAGUGGAAGAGCAGACACAGGCUUUCUUUGAAGGCUUCAAUGAGGUCCUCCCUCAGCAGUACCUACAAUACUUUGAUGCUAAAGAGCUUGAGGUGAUGCUGUGUGGUAUGCAGGAGAUUGACCUUGGCGACUGGCAAAAAAACACCAUCUACAGACACUAUGCACGAAGCAGCAAACAGAUCCUCUGGUUCUGGCAGUUUAUAAAGGAGAUGGACAAUGAGAAGAGGAUGAGGUUGCUGCAGUUUGUCACCGGUACCUGUCGCCUGCCUGUAGGAGGCUUUGCCGACCUUAUGGGAAGCAAUGGUCCCCAGAAGUUCUGUAUUGAGAAGGUGGGAAAAGAAAACUGGCUUCCCAGAAGUCACACGUGUUUCAACAGACUGGACUUGCCACCCUACAAGAGCUAUGAGCAACUGAAGGAGAAGCUGAUGUUUGCCAUUGAGGAGACAGAAGGCUUUGGACAGGAGUGAGACGAAACCAGGAGAAGUUUAAACCGUUGGCGCAGGAGUCUGAAGAAAUAAAGACCACCAGUGUUCAAAUCAGGGAGCCUCUCUUAAAAAGACAGGUGUUUCGUAUGUUUGUGCUCAUGUAUACACACACCUGUGUGGUACUUCUAAAGGUGCAUGUGUGAGACUGUUGCCUGCAUGUUGUUGCAAAGGAGCUGGGAUUUGUGUCUACUGUGUACACCAUGCUCGCAGCAGGCCUCUCAAUGCUUGAAUGGUAUGUGAAAAUGUUUUAUUCUUUUAAACCAAAAGACAGAAGCUGCUCCUGUCUCUGAGAAUGUGCAGCAAAUUAUGCAUGGGAUCCUGAAAACUCACCCUCUAUGCCAUUUCUUUAAUGGGACUGCAGUAGUUUUUCCUCCUCACACGGGAUAUUGUAAUGGUGAGCAGCAGACAACUUUGAUUUACUGUUAAAAUCAGACUGAGAGCAAGAUUGAGUGGAUGUGCUUUUUUUGAAACAGGGUUAAGUUUCACCAAAAAGCAAACUUUGUUGCUCUAAGAUUGUGUGUUGCAUUAGAAUGAGUUGCCUCCACUUUUAGCAUCAUCCCUAUAGUGGUAUUCCUCAUCACAUCCUCAGAUCUCUCACAAAUCUUUCACCUGCAUCUCUACUCUUGGCUAUAGUGGAUCUUUUUUUAAAGAAGGAGUAAGUGAUUCUGUAGAAAUCCAACACCAUGACAAAAACUAUGCUAUAGAAUGAACAACAACACAGCAAGUAAUGCAGUUAACGUUAGCUAAGUUGUGGGUUAGCAUACUGUUGUUACAGUUGCUGCUAUGACGCUAACAUGCAGAGAGGACGAGACAGUCCCAGAGCCAGCACACCAGAUAUUCAAAACUCUACUGCUACUAUAGCCAACAUCACAACAACAGCAUGUCUUGGCAAACUGGAAAGUAAGUCCGCAGGCAAGUCGCACACAAAUCAUGGCGUGAACGGCUGGAAUAGUGUUUGGUCCAGGUCACUUUGUUUGUUCGCCAUUUACAGAGCUGUGUACAAACACCUGAUUAGGGACAGCUAGUGGAUAAUGAGAAGAUUUUAGCUGAAUUUGACAAAAGAACAUGUUUUGGAUUAUAAUCACUUACCCCAUCUUUAAGUGAAUAGUAACACAUGCCAAUAUAAGAUGAUAGCUUUGAUAUAAUCAAAAAAGGAGUGCUCAAAGUUAAUGGUGCUUCAAAGAGAUUUGUGAAAUAUGCCUAAUAUAAGUAACAAAAGAGUGUUCCUGCUUCUAUAAUAUUUGAUCUGUGAAUCACUUAAUCAUUGUGGAAAGUGUUGUAACCUUCAUUGUUCAUAGUGGUGGGACAUGUGGAAGACUUCAAUAGAACUUAAACUGACCCUAGUUUUAUAGGGCUGGAGUUUAUAUGCUGUGAUGCAGAAUGGGGCGUCAUGGGUUAUUAGAGUAUUCUGAGAGAAUCUUUUAAGUUAUUCAUCUUAAUAUCAGCUCCAAAAACUAUUUUUAAAAACAAGAUAAUGUAGAAAUCCAUUGGGGAAGAAGUAAGUAUUUUAAGAUGAUGACCUGUGUAUUCAGUACUUUCAGUAAAAAGACUCAAAGUGGAAAAACACCAUAUGCAAGUCAAACGAAAUCCGUGUUUAGGUAAAAUCUGCAAUGACAUUUUAAAUGCGUUCUUUGCAACACUCAAAAGAAACUGCAUGUUGCUCCUCAUACAUAUGUAGCAUUUGAAGAUGAGUGCUGUAGCUACUACCUUACUUUAAGUCUUUUCUUGCCCCACAGCAAAACCACAAAAUGAAUGUGAAAAAUAAAUAACAAUUCAGUUAAAAAUCACUUACAAUUCCUCUGAUGUCAUUUGUUGAUUUAGAGACAAACAUUCUAUUGAUAUUACUGUAUUACAAAUACAUUUCUGACACACAUAAUCCAUUUUAUGCAAAGAAGAAGAACAGCAGAUUUUGGAUUUUGUUAGUUAAUUACAGAUCGUGCACAAAGAAACUUCCAAAUGCUUUACCAAUGUGGAGUCCAACGUUGAGUGUGUAAAGAAACAGACUUUAUAGUGUAACUGCAAACACUUGUUUGGUUUGGUUUGACAUUACACAACAUCUGAUCAACAGUAACAGAGUUUAAGAAGAUGAUUAACCUAAAUGAAAUACAAACACCAGGUAGUGUGGUUGCUCAGUAUUUGCAGUGUAUUCCUUAAUAUGUUAGUUACACACUGAAAAGAUACUUGUGGUUACUGAGGAACACAGGAUUCAGGUGUUAGUCUGACAAAGCACAGCACUUUUAAACAUUUGGAUGUUGCUCUAGGCUCUUUGUUUCCACAUACACGGUGAGGUGGUUGUUUGUCACUAGCCUUCAAGUAGCCUUAUUUCCACCCUCAGGCAUCGGGUAUCCUUUUAGCAACUUGAGGCCAGCAGAGAUGAUCGACCUUGUUAAUGGUGAAAUGAAUACUUUGGACUCUGGCUUUGGUCGGUCCUCCUUGACAAUAACCAGACCAACAGGAGUUUCAUAAAUUUAUUUUAAAUAACCUGCACCAGUGUGGAAAAGCUAAACAUGAGCUGAUGACACGUGGCCUGUUUCAGUGGCUAAGUGUGACUUCAGCUGGAAUACUACUGAGACAAAGUCAGUGUAUUAUAACGAAUGUAUCAUGAUGAAAAGUUGAUUGGUAAAGUUGCCUAUUUACAUUUUUGCCUCUGAUUGUUAUCCCUGAUACAAAGUGCUGUUUUAAUCUUGUUCUGGGUCGGUCAUAUAUUAAAAUCCAGAGGGACAUCGUUAAGCAAAUAUGUAAAUAUAAUUCACUGCGUUUUUUGUUCUCCAGACUUUUCCAUGUACAACUAAACCACUGUCACUCUGUAUAUGAAAACAAGUUGUAAAUGGUGUCAAUAACAAAUUUUCUUUUUUAAAAGAAAGGUUUUAAUAAUAAGAGGUUUAUGGUAACACUAUAUUUUCUUUUCCCUGUUUAAUUUUGGGUGUACAUGAAACAUGUGUAAUAUAGAAAUUGUCACCUUAAUAAAUUAAAUAAAAAAUGUG